AUGGCAGUAUUUGGAUUAGGUUCACAUGAUGAACCUAUCGUGGUCUCCGACGAUGAAGACGCUACUCAUGUGGAGAACGAGCUCAACAGGUGGAACGGCUCUUCUCCCAGCUCCUCCAGCAGUUCUCCUGUCGUUCGUGAGUAUCUUCACGCCCCAUAUCGUCCUAUCAUCCAGGCGGCACCAGCCUAUGCACCUACAUUACCUACUGUCCACUUGAACCAGAAGCGCAAACGGCAGGAGAUAGACUCUGCUAGCGGAAGCGCACUAUCACACCCUAUUGCGGACGCCCCUGGGAGGCGCACGAAGAAGAAACAGAAGGCACGACAGGAUGCAAGCCUUGCUACCCAGCACGCUCGCGUUGCUUCACUAAAGUACGAGCAGUACGAUCGCUCGGAACGCCACUGGUCUACUGCGUGGUCUGGUAACGACUGGACCUACCCGCCUGGGUAUCUACCAGCUCAACACGCUCCGGGCCUGGAUUCCACCCUGGAUGCCGAUGUGCCGAUGUAUCGGAUGUCGGACAUGGGUAGAGGUCACCCUGAUCCUCUCCGUGUACCUUACCCACCUGUCUCUUACAGCCAGCAGGCCGGACCGUCCUGGCAUCCGCCCGACUCAGCACUAGGCGACUCCUUGAGACGGUUACAGGCAUUGUCGGAUUCUCUCGUGGCCAAAUCUAUCGGGCCCUCUAUGCCGGUUUCUACUCAAACUUCGCCGCCGCCACCUAAUGUAGCCACUCCCCCCACCGACACCGACAAACGACAUAUAGGGAAGUUCGACGACAAGACGAACGCUGCGUCCUUCGAUCUCCACUCGCCCACUCUUCUCUCACCUUCGACGCCUGCCCUGCCGCCCCCCACCCUGUCUCGCACUGUGGUUGUCGCACACUUGCCUAAGAAGUUCCGACAUCUCGACUUUGUAACGUCGUGGGCUGAGCGUUUCGGUGUGAUCACACGUCUGGAGCUGGACCCGAAGCCUGGCAAGGCUUUGGUGGAGUACGAGAGCGCCGCUCAUGCGGAAGCCGCCUUCGCGAGCUUCAAGCUUCGCGGCGGAGGGAAGGAACACAUUCGUGUGUACUGGUAUAGGGGCUCGCCUGCUUCGGUGUCCACUUCGGCCGCACGACACAGCUACGCAGACGUCGAAGAAGGCGAGCUCGAGGAAGGGGAAGUACUAGAGGGAGUGAUCACGCCCGCUCCGCCGAAGACGAGGUCGAAAAAGAAGAAAGGCAAGAAGAAGGCUCAACUACUCGAACAGCGCCUCACCGAUCUGGCCCCUGUCCCGCCCUACAAGCUGACCCAGGUCAUCUCGCUGCGUUCUGACGCAGCCUAUGCGGCCCCACCCUCCAUUUCCCCAACUCGUCCAUCACUAGAGGAGCGCUUCACAGACGCUCCUGUUCUGGAUAGCAGGGGAUGGGAGGGGGAUAUGGAGGCUGAGAUGGAGAUGGACUCGGAGGACGACGAUCUACAACGAUUCUCGCCGCUCGGUUCUCCGCAGCUUUUGGCCACCCUUAUCUCCACGCCGUUUGAGGAUGCGGAUUCUGAGGAUUGGGAGGCUGACAUGGACGUAGAGGCAUCAAGCCCGAUACGCGAAGAAACUCCGCCGCUUCCUCUCAGCCCUCCGCGCCAAACUUCUCCUUCGGCCCUACGGCCUCGAUUCCUCAAACGACCUCGCGCCCUCUCGCCAUCGAGUCUUGAGGAGCAUCGCCCCAGUCCGGCUGCGAGCGCUGCUGAAGAUCGUCGGAAGGGGUUGGAGUCGGCCAUCGCGACUUCGAAGGCACGGCCUACCCCUUGGUCAAGCGUUACGGCCCCCUCAGCCAUUUCCAGUGGCACUUCGGCGACCUCAGAGCCCGUUACGCCCUUCGACAUCUUGGAAAACCCUCAUGCACCCGUGGCCAUCGUCGUGAGCUCGGAGCCUGUCGUCUCUCCUGCCAUGAUUACAGCGCAUGACGCCGCCGCGCCCUCGGCUGCAAAGAUCGACAAGCCAGCUAUCAGCUUGGAGGACCUUGCGGUUUCCUUCAUCACAGAGUCUAUCCAGUCCGCCGUCGCGCCUGCCCCACUCCGUCCUCCUGAAUCGUCUCUACCUCCCAAGCCAUCUACCCUUCCCAGCCGUCCAUUACUCGCAGACCCGCCUCUACUCCAAAUCCCCGUCCCUCGACUACCCGUUCUAUCUCACCCCUCAGCCCCCUCCGCCACAUCCACACCACAGCUGUCCGGAGCAGCACAACUACUAGCAAAGAAGAAGCGCCUAGAAGACCACAUCACGGCCAGCAAGGAGCUGCUCGGCAAGAUCGCGGUCUGCAAGUCCAAGGCGGAGAAGGCGACGCUCAUGCGCCUCCUCAAAGAGAAGCAACGGGCGAUGGACGUGGAGAUGAACGGCGGACACGCGCCGCCUUCCACGCCGGGCGCGAGCGUGGCGCCCGCCACGCCGACCCCAGCGCCGAAGGCGACGCCGUUCCGGUGGCCGCAGACGGCGCGCGAGCUGAUCAUCGACAUCAGCGACAGCGAGGACGAGGCCGCCUCGGCGCGGUAGCGCACGGCGGCACGCAGGUAAGAUGUUAUGUGACACCCGUACAGGUAUAUGAGAGCCGUGUAAUAUGAGCGCACACGCGCGUUUAAGCGCAGCUG